GGUUGUGAGGAGGAGGGCGAGCGAUGACGCAGGCCCCUCACGUGACCUGGAGCUGCAGAGCGACGCAGCCUUGGGUGCAGUCGUCACUCCAGUCUGGCUACCAGCUCCCCGCUGCCCAGCGUGCGGCGGGCUGGCAUCGGGCCCAGGGCGAACGGAGCAGUUCGAUGUGGCACUGUUUGUGGUGAGGCGAGGGGAAAAACGGAGACGGAGACAAGAGGAUCUAUGGAGGUUAGUGUGAGCACCAACACUGAAACGUUGAAGUUCUAUGUGGAUUCUAUGCAGCCAUAGCUUCUCAUGUUUGAAAUAGGGCUUUUCACCCCUGGAAGCAAAGGAAGGAGGGGGAGACAGUUUUGGAACUGUGGAGGUUGGUAUGAAGAUCUUCCUGCAUGUCUGCUUCAGAGUCUGAGAAUAUUGGAAGCAAAGAAGCAAAGAGAAAAUUAUUUUUUAUCAGAAUAACUGAUCUAAAAGUCUCAUGAGUCUCCAUACUUUAAGGGUGCUUCACCACACAAAAGACGGAUAGAAGAGGGAACUUCAUCUAUUCCAGGUCUACUUCCAGUGGCAGCUUUACUGGCCUUUAAGUGGUUAAACGCCAUUGCCCAGACACACCAUCCUCUUUCCUAGCCCGAGUGAGCCCUCCUAUACAUUGUUUGUGCCUUCAUCAGGGGUGAUUACAUGGGCCGCAUUCAGGACGUGGGCUGGGCAACUGCAGGACUGGUGAUUUGGGCUGGUACCUGCUACUGCAUUUACAGAUUAACCAAGGGAAGAGCUCAGAGUGUGAGCACACUUGCCAGAAAUGGGCCCGGAAUCGAGACGGAGACUAUGGUUGAGGAACAGAACCAGACCUUGGCCACAACUGAAGCCAUGGCUGGAGGAGAGACUGAGACUAGAGCCAAGAUUGAACCAGAAACUGGAGAAGGAGGUGAGCCUGUGGCUGAAGUAGACACCAAGGUCCCUGUUCUAGUUAGACCCAACGUCAACUCUCAGACCAAGGCAAUGCUUGAGGAAGAGAUAGAGAUCCAAUCUGAGACCAGUUCAUUGGUGGAAACAAUGGUCAUGACAGAGCCAGUGACUUUGGCUAAAGCCACAGCCCAAGCCAAGGAAGUAACCAUGAAAGAGGCAGUUACACAAACCGAUGCUGAGGCUGGGCCAGUAGGCAAAAAAGAGGCAGUGACUCAGACCAAAACUAAAGCUUGGGCAAUGGCGGGCAGGGCAGAGGUCAAGAAAGAAGCAAUGACCCAGACCAAAGCUGAAGCCUGUACAAUGACUGAUAACGAGACAGAGAUUAACAGAGUAACAGUGACACAGAGUGAGGUCUUGGCAGUGACCAAGGAAAUAGUUAAGAUUGGAACCCUGAAUGAGACUGGAAUUGUGGCUGAAGGCACAAUAAAAGCACUCGAAGAAACUGUGAGUGUGACUAGGACUCAAUCUGAGGCUAGGCUUGGUGCCACAGUCAAUCCUAAGGAAAAUCCCAAUGAAGUGUCUUUUGUAGUGGCUGGAGUGGACGUGAAGUCCUAUGCACAGCCUCAGGCUGUGGCCAUAAUCCAAAACACUGACAUGAUCGGUGCUGAGGCUGAUGACAAGGAGAAUCUCAAAAGCAUGCCUGAGGCAGGGACUGAUGUAGAUACAAAGGUUUCUGGACAUCCUUAUAUUGUUGCCAACAUUCUGGCUGAAGCUGUGCCAGAGGCAAAGAAGGAUGCUUGGGAUAACACAAAUGACACUUGUGAAGCAGAGACAGAUACAAGAACUUGUAUAAUACAACCUGAGACUGUGGCCAAGAUAGAGACUGAGGCAACAUCUGGUGACACAGCUGAUGUUGGGGAAGAUGCCAAUGUUAUAUUUAAGGCAAUGACUGGUGCUGACAUAACUGAUACCCAGCCUCAAGCUGUAACCAGUACUCAGACUGAAGCCAUGCCGGAUGCCAAGGUUAAGGUUAAAGGUAAUGCCAGCUCCAUGGCUAAAGCAGGGGCCAAGGCAAACACCAAAACCAAUUUGCAAGCUGAUGCCUUGCCUGAUGCCGGGGAUAAAAACAGAAGUGACACUGAUGUCAUGGCUAAGGCAGAGGCUAGUGUGGACACGGUUUUCUGUACCCAGACUGAGCCUGUGGCUCAAGGUGAUGACUUGCCUGAUUGCCAAAUCAAGACUAAAGACAAUGCCAAUACUAAGGAAGGAGCUCAAGCUAUCGCCCAGAGCCAGAGUGAAGCCUUACCUAAUACUAAAGGUAAGGCUAGAGGAAAAGCAAAGGCCAAGUGUAAGGCGGGAGCUGGGACAGACUUGAAAACUUGCACACAGCCUCAGGCUGGGACCAAAACUCAAGCUGAAGCCUUGUCUGAUUCCAAGGUUGAUAACAAAAGUGAUUCUAAUGCCGUGUCUAAAGCAGGGGCAAAGGCAGACCAGAAAGCCUGUGGUCAGCCACAGCCUGUGGUCAAUUGCCAGAAUGAGGCCUUGCCUGGUACUAAGAAUAAGGUCAAGGGCAAUCAAAAUCCUAUGCCUAAGGCAGAGGCUGGGAUAGCUACAGCAGGCUCUGCUCAGACAGCAGGCUCUGCUCAGACUAAUGCUGUGGCUAGUUCACAGGGUGAGACCACACCUGGUGCCAAGAAUAAGGUCAAGGGUAAUCGUAAUUCUGUGCCUAAAGCAGGGGCUGGGCCAGAUACAAUGGGUUCUGUCCAGUCUCAGAGUGUAGCCAACUCCCACAGUGAAGCCUUACCUGGUGCCAAGAAUAAAGUUAAGAGCAAUCCCAAUGUUGUGCCUAAGGCAGAGGCUGGGGUGGGUGCCUGUCCCCAGUCUGUGGCCACUUCCCAGGGUAUUGCCUUGACUGGAACCAAGACUAAAGUCAAAGGCAAUUCUAAUGCUGUGUCUAAACCAGAUGCUGGGGCAGGUACAACUGGCUCUGCCCAUGCCAAGGCUGUGGCCAGUUCCCAGGGCGAGGUCUUACCUGGUUCCAAGAACAAGGUCAAGGGCAAUUCCAAUUCUGUGCCUAAGGCAGAAGCUGGGGCAGGUACAACAGAUGCGACUCAGCCCCAAUUUGAAGCCUUGCUUGGUGCCAGAAAUAAGGUCAGAGGCAAUUCCAACACUGUGCCUAAGGCAGAGUCUGGGGCAAGUACAAUACUAGCUUUGGCUUCUUCCCAGGCUGAGGCCUUGCUUGGUGCCAGAAAUAAGGUCAGGGGCAAUUCCAACACUGUACCUAAGACAGAGGCUGGGGUAGGUGCAAGGGCCUCUGCCCAGUCCCAGGUUGUGGUCAGCUCACAGAAUGAGACCUCCCUUGGUGCCAGGAAUAAGAUUAGGUCCAAUGCUGGUACUAAAUCAGGAGCCAGAACAGGUACAAGGAGUUCUGCUCAGCCCCAGGCUAUGGUCAGUUCUCAGAAUGAAGCUUUGCUUGGGGCAAGGGAUAGGGGUCUGUCUAGUUCACAGGUAGAAGCCACUGCAGAGAAUAAGAUGUAUGCAAGGCCUGUGGCAGGGGCUAUGCCCACUUCUGAACUUGUGAGUGGGGCUCAGCCUAACAUUCACGAUUAUUACUGGAAUGGGAUUGGUGUUGAGGAUUGGAUUGCUGCUGAAAGGUGGAUCAAAUUUAGGUUCCAGACUAUGGAUGGAGACUGGGAGAAUAGUGUAUCCUGGACUGAUGAUGAGAGUGGAGCCAGUAUUGGGCCCUGGAAUGGGGCUAAUGAUAAGGCUGGCAUUGUUAGUUCCUGGGCUGUAGCUUGUGAUGAAACUAGCAUUAAGUCCUGGACUGGAGCUAGGACUGAGAAUGAGGUUGCUCUUGGGUCCUGGGUAAGUGCUGGUGACCAAGCCAGUGGAGGACUCUGGGCAGGAGCUCAGGCUACUGAGGGGGCCUGGGUUGCGGACAAGGCCAGUGGAGCUUCCUGGACUGGGGCUGAGAACCAGAUUGCUGCAGGUUCUUGGGUUGUCUCUGGGAACCAGGCCAUUGCAGGGCCCUGGGCUGUGAGUCAGGUCAGUGACGGGUCAUGGCCUACAGUCCAGGCUAGUGGAGUGUCCUGGGUUGUGGACCAGGCUACUGGGACCUGGACUGUGGCUGACAACCAGACUGGUGCAGUGUCUUGGACUGGAGCUGGCAAUAUAGUUAGUAUUGGAUACUGGACUGGGGCAGUAGACCAGACCAAUGCAGUGUCCUGGACAGGGACUAGUGAUCAGUCUGGUGUUGAGGCUAAGCCAAGGUUUGAAGAUCAGGCCAGUGACAAGGGAUCGUGGCCUGGAGCUGGUGUCCAGACUAGUGGAGACUCCAGGUUGGGAUCUGAGGGUCAGUCCAGUGGGCUGAUGACUGCAGAUCAAGCCAGUGCAGCAUCCAGGCUUGGAACUGUUGAUCCCUCUGGUGGUGUAUCCUGGACUGGUACUGGGAACCAGGCUGGUGGAGGAGCUACAUCAGGGUCUGCAGACCAGUCCACCAGUGGAUUGUGGCCUGGUACUCGGAAUCUAGCUGGGGAAAGGUCUUGGACUGGGACUGGUGACCAGUCUGAUGCUGGAUCCAAACCUGGUUUUGAGACUCAGACCAGUGGUGAAGGAUCUUGGGUUGCAACUAUUGGCCAGACUAGUGGAGUGUCUAAGUCAGUGUCUGAGGAUCAGUCUGCUGGAAGAUCCUGGGCAGAUUCUGGAGACCAGCUCAGUGGAGGAUUCUUAGUUGGGGCUUUGGACCAGGCCAAUGCAGAGUCUCAGUCUGUCUCUGGAGAACUGGCUGCUAGUGGAGUAGAUCAGACCAGUGGAGGAGGAUGCUGGCCUGGUUCUGGGGACCAGUCUGGUGGAGAAGUUAGGCUGGGGUCUAGGGACCAAUCUAAUGGAGAGUCUUGGCCUGGCACUGGAGAUCAGACGAGUGGAUGGUUCUGUACUUACACUGGAGCUCAGACCAUUGGAGGAGGCUCUUGGAGUGGGACCAGCAGUCAGGACGUUGGAGGUUCAAAGCCAGUGCACAUGAACCAGGCUAGUGGUGGGGCCUGGCUUGGCACUGGGACUCAGAUCAGUGGAGUGUCCUGGACUGGUGAUCAGGUUGGUGUCUGUUCCAAACCUGGAUUUGAGGAUCAGACCAUUGGAGGAGGAUUCUGGCCUGCUGCUGGCGACCAGAGCACUGGAGGGUCCAGGCCAGCCGUGUCUGAGAAUCAGUCCAGUGGUGGGUCCUGGGCUGGCAUUGGGAGUCAGGUCAGUGGAGGGUCCUGGGUUGGGCCAGUGGAUCAGACUAGUGGCUGUUCUAAGUCUGGAUUUGAAGAUCAAGCAUGCAGAGGAAGCUCCUGGCCUGGUGCUGGAGACCAGGCUAGUGGAGAAUCCUGGCCUGGGUCUAGGGCUAAUAAUGAAGCCAGUGGAGGAUCGAGGCUAGAUCCUCAAGACCAGGCCAGUGGAGGGUCCUGGAUUAGGUCUGAGGAUCAGGCCAGCGGACGGUUCCUUGUCAGUGCUGAGGUGGAGGCCAAUGAAGGAUUUUGGUUUGGGCCUGGGAGUGAGGCCUUUAUAGGGUCUUGGUGCUGGACAGAAGAGGCUACUAUUUUGCCUGUAGCUAGUAUGAAAGAUGAGGCCAGUACUGAAUCCGCAUCCGGGGCAAAAGAAGAAGCCAUCACUAGUUCUGGCUUGGGGGAUGAAAAGAAGAUCAGCUCUGAGGAGGCAGCUUCUACAAGCACCUGUGUUGGGGGUGAGGUUGAAACUGUGGCAGGAGCCAAGGCUGAAGUUGAAAUGGAGUCUAAGGCUAGAGCUGAGGCUGGGGCUGGACCCGAGGCUGGGGCUGAGACAGAGGCUGAGGGAGGAGUGGGGACUAGGAUUGAAGCUGGGGCAGCAGUUGCAACUGCAGCUGAUACUGAUGCUGGAGCUGAGGCAGGUGCUGGAGUUGAGGCAGGAGCUGGGGCUGAAGCUCCAAUGGGGUUUUGGUCCUGGGAUGGAGAUGGCACCACUAAAGCAUCUAGGCUAGGGGCCGAGGCUAAGGCUGGAGUUGGGGGAGGGGCAGAGGCUGAAGCUGGGACCGAGAAUAGCAUGGGAUUUUGGUUUUGGAAUGGAGAUGCAGCUACCAAAGGGUCUAAGCUUGGAGCUGAGGCUGAGGCUGAGGCUGGAAUUGAGACAGCAACAGCGACAGCGACAGUCACAGGGGCAGAGGUGAGAACAGGGCCAGAAGCUGAAGCUGCGACUGAGACCAGCAUGGGAUUUUGGUUCUGGGAUGGAGAUGCAGCCUCUAAAGGGUCUAGGCUUGGGGCUGAGCCUGAGGCUGGAGUUGGGGCCGGGGCUGAGGCUGGGGCUGAAGCUGGCAUGGAAUUUUGGUCCUGGGAUGGAAAUGCAGCCACUAAAGAGGCUAGGCUUGGGGCUGAGGCUGAGGCUGGUGCUGAGACCAGGGUGGGGUUUUGGUUUUGGAAUGAAGACUCAACCACUAAAGGGUCUAGGCUUGGAGUUGAGGCUGGGGCUGGCUUGGGGUCUUGGACUUUUUCUACAAAUGUAAAUGACAAUGAUGAGGAGGGUGAGGAAGAGGAUGAGCUAAGUAGAGAAUCCAGCCCUGGUAUUGAAGAGAUCAGUCUAAGAACCCUGUUUGGGGCCGAGAGUGAGGAUAGUAACGACCUCAGAUCUACAGAUGAAAAAGAUGUCAAUUCUGAAUCUGGGACUGGGGAUAAGUCCAGCACUAAAGAUAAGUCUGAUGCUGCUGAUGGGGUUGAUAUCCGGUCUUGGUUCUGUGCUGGUAAUGAAAACAAAUGUGAGGAUGAGUCUACGUCUCAGGUAAAAGCCAAAAAGUCAACAGAAUCAAGUGGCUUAUAUCCAUCCAUGGUCCCUGGGGCAGGAAUGGGUGUAUGGGAUGGAGCCAUAAUUUGUUCAGAAAGCAAGUUAUUACACAAAAGCAGCUUUCCAGGUGAAGAUGGCUUCCGAAAGCAAGUCAUGAGUGGAGACAAGGUGCAUUCCUGCAACUGCCGCUGUAAACGUGAGGUUAAUCUGGAUCCACAAGAUCUUGAAAAGCUCAUUUGCAUGAUUGAAAUGACUGAGGAUCCUUCUGUUCACGAAAUAGCCACUAAUGCGCUAUAUAACAGUGCUGAUUAUCCUUAUCCCCAGGAAAUUGAUCGGAACAUAGGUGGAAUCACAGUUAUUCAAGGCUUACUGAGUAAUCCCUACCCCAGUGUCCGCCAGAAGGCUUUAAAUGCAUUGAACAACAUCUCAGUUGCUGCUGAAAACCACAGAAAGGUUAAGACAUAUUUAAGUCAAGUAUGCGAAGAUACUGUCACCUAUCCCUUAAAUUCAAAUGUGCAAGUGGCUGGACUAAGGUUGAUAAGGCACCUGACUAUUACUAGUGAAUAUCAGCACAUGGUUACCAAUUAUAUUUCAGAAUUUCUCCGUUUGUUGGCUCUGGGAAGUGGAGAAACUAAGGACCACGUUUUAGGAAUGCUUGUGAAUUUCUCUAAAAAUCCAUCCAUGACAAAAGACUUGCUCAUUGCCAAUGCACCAACAGCACUUAUCAACAUUUUUAGCAAGAAAGAGACAAAAGAGAAUAUCCUUAAUGCCCUUUUACUUUUUGAAAAUAUAAAUCAUCACUUUAAAAAACGAGCAAAGACAUAUCCCCAAGACAGGUUCAGUAAAAGUUCCCUUUAUUUCCUGUUUCAACGACCUAAAGCCUGUGCCAAGAAACUUAGAGCCUUAGCAGCAGAUUGUAGUGACCCAGAGGUGAAAGAAAGAGUUGAGGUACUAAUAAAUAAACUUUGAUUGGCUAUCUGUUCCCCCCACAGUAUUUGAGUAACAUUUUGGUUUUACAUCCUGGACAUGAUGCACAUUGUAAAUUGCAUUAGAACUUUGAAACUGAUGUUGCCUAUGAGUGAGUGUCUGUAGUUGGACAAUUUUAUGAACACCAAAUGAAUUCAAGCUUGUUCUGGAAAUACAUGUGUCAAUUUUUAUCUUGUCUGGAUUGAGAUAUUUUUAGUAUGCUUCAUGAGCAGAAACCAAACUGAUUCUUCAUAAGUAAGGUAAUCUUUGGUCCUUUGUGUGGACUUAUGUUUAUACAUUUGAGACUUUAUUUUUAUGUCAUCAAUAAAGUUGUGUGUUUUAAGAAGCAAAAAAGAGAUAUUGUCUUCGU